GUCAGGUUCCCCAUGCUUUGGAUGGUAAUGAAAUCUUAGGAGAUUCUAGAUUAGGUUGGGCUCUUUUAUAGCUCCAAGUUACUUUUAGAGACACCAGACAAAAGAGCUGUAAUAGUAAUAAUAAUAAUAAUCAUCAUAAUAGUAACAACAACAACGCUGCGCAAUAAUCUGACUUGCUUCGGACAUUAUUUGUGUGACAAACUUGCGAGAUGGCUGUAUCUGAAGGAGGUUUCUACACAGACAUAAAUACAAGGGAGAGUUAGGCUAGAGCAGGACAGAGAACAGAUGCUUCCCCAACACCAGGAGCUCUCUAUUAGGCAAUGAAGAUAAGGAUUAUCUUCAACCUUCAUCGUAGACCAAACCCAACUUUACCGAAUUUGUUUGUCCCCCUACAACAACAAAAGGGGGUGAAAAGAACGAGAUUAUUCUAUACAAUGCAAGGGUAACUAGGACAGAGUUACAGCCACCCUCUAUCGUCAGUGGAUUUUACAGAAAUAGCAAAGCAAGGCAAGCCCACACAUCUUCCUUCAUUAUGAAACUAUAAUAAUUAUUUUGAGGAGCAAUGGGGAACAAGCCCCACCCCUGCUAUUAACAUGAACCCCCCCUCCAAUUCGUUUUGUUCGCGGGUUAUUAUAACCCUAUAGAGAUCCUGGAGCCAAAUUUGCUGUGAUGUUGGUUCAACUUACCGCGAAUAUCCGACAAGGUCUGCAAACCCCCUCCCCAACCUCAACCCCAAUCUCUCCCUCCCUCCAGCCGCCGCCCCCCACGCCCGCUCCUCCUCAUCACCAUCCCUAUCUACUCUGUGAAAUAGUUUCCUAAGGUGAUGAAGCCAAUGUGGAUUUCUAAAGAGGGCUCUGAAAACUACGCUGUGUGUGUUAUGCCCCUGGGCACUUGGACGGUGAAUGGACACCUUGAAUAGAGCAGGUUAUUACGACUCGCUCCCCGCCCCACCUAGGAAGGUUUGUGGGUGCCUUUGGCCCUGUGGGUUAGCCCACCCGAGCUCCGCAGCCACCUAGACCGAGGAUACAUGGGGGAGGAUUUACAGAGGAUAACCCGAGUGAAAGUUCCAGCCUUAAUCAGAACCAUCUCCUCUCUCAGGAUCACGUGAACAAAUAUGCUUAUAUUUUAAGGCAGCGCCUGUAUUUCUUAUUACCGAAGGCUUCCUCGGCGGCUCUUUUUUUAAAAGAUAAAAUAUAUAUAGCUAUAAUUGAAAAGACGAUGCCUUUGUGGCCUCAUCGCUUGUUAUUUACAAACAAAGCAAAACGAUAAGCUUGAACAGCUGGCUUUAUUUUUUUUAUUCCAUGGGGUUGAUUGUGAAGGAUUUUCAAAAUUAUUAUUAAACCUAACGAACUCAGAAUCCAUUCGCCCUCUUUUAUUGGAGCUGCAAUCUUGGCUUGCUCUUAAAAAAUAUAUUCUACCGGGAAUACUGGUCUAUGGAAAUGCUCGAGCAGACCCGCAAGAUCAGGUUUAGGAGUGUAUUGUCUGCAGAACAAAGGAGGAAGGAUAUAUCUUCCAAGCUGAAAGCGCGCAAUUUCUGACCGAAGAGGACAGUUUUGGGAUACAGGUAAGCGACUGCAUGAGCUUGAACAAAGAUGGAAUCCUGAAUCCCAGAUCCUUUUUUUUCCUGCCCACCCCCACCACCACAGUAAUGGGAGAUGAAAUAGAACCUACUAGUAGUCUAUAGAACUAUAUAAAAGGAUGUAUAGACGCAAUAAUAUGUUUUGUUGUUGUCGAGGCUGUAGUAGUAGUAAACCUAGGGCUUUUCUGCGUUGCAUUUCCCCAACCCAAGACAUCAAGUGUUGGGGUGACCUGGAAGUGGGGGGAAAGAGGAUUUUCCAUUAGGCACUUCAAAGGAAGACAUAUAUUUGGGUUCAAGCAAGAAACCAAAAAGUAACAGUUUGGGUUAGGAUGGCAAGCAUCCUAUGCAUUUCAAUGGCUCUAGACUGCUCUGUUAGUCUCGGACUGUCAGACUUAAUGGAAUUCUCUCUCAUUCACUCUCUCUCUGUGUGUGUAUAUAUACACAGUAUAUAUAAUAUUUAAAACACAACUAAUGGAAAUCGUGUCACUGCCUAUUGCUUCUGGGGGCUCAUUCUGGAAACGUUGACUCGCCCCUCAUACUUCGCGUUUGUUUUACAAUGAAUCUGCCAUCUUCUCUGAAUUGUUGCCUCCCGCAAGAAACAAACAAAAGCAAAAUGCGGGGGGGGGGAGAACAGGACACUUGUUUGCCAUACCGUACUACUUAUAUAUUUCUCAUGGCUCCAUCUACAGCGGCGUUUCCUAGGGUCUGUGUAUCUGCAUGUGUGUAUGAACCACCCCAUAAUUGAAAGAAAAAAAGAGCUACAACCCAUCCAAGUUAGGCGCACCAAUCCCACAUAUGGUAACGAACAGUGCAGCCGCAUCUGCGCAGCCUGUUUACUCGGAAGUAAAUCCCACUGAGUUCAACGGGACUUACUCCCUAGGUGCCUUUGGGACUGCAACACAGGUGUACUGAGCUCUGUGCUGAGCUGCGGCCAAUUGCCAUCAAGCAGGGAUCACAUUAUUAAAAAAAUAUCGAGUGGGUAGAUAGCUCAUUUGUCUUUUACUCAGUUUCUUUACAUCCAAAGAUGCUCGAUCCUGUUUAAAAUCAGGGGCCUUCAAAGCCACUCCGGUUUUAAAUUCACUUUGAGAGCAAUCUUUGACAUUGAACUCAAUGCAGAUCACUCCCAGGUAAGUAAGGAAAGGAUUGCUGUCUUACUUGGAUUUCAAUCAAGAUGAUUUCAGUGGGGGUUUACAAUUAGCACUGCGAAUAGCAUCCCUUUAUUCUUGAAUCCACAGCAUUUUAACCUGGAAAAAUCGAACUGAUUUCAAUGAAAACUUGCUGCAUCCUAAGGGUGCAGGGUUCUGCUCAUGCAGCCCAGUCUUAAUGGACGUUCACUUCUAAGUGAAGUCCAACUAAGUUCAGUGGGACUUGCUCCCUAGGAAGUAAUGCAUAGCUUCCAGCUCAUCGUAUGAUCAUGGAGAAAAGGAAUAUAUAGACUGAUGAUCUUUUUGUCGCUCUCCCCCUCAAGAUUCCACCACCCCACACAUCCUACACAUAGUGUUAAUUCGUGUUAUUUUCGCCAGACAAUGGAAAGGGGAAGAAAGCAGCACUUUGAUCAAUGGUCUGCGCUGGUCUCGAUCAGAAGAGGUUUCGAAGCAAGCGACUCCCCCCCACCUCCAUUCCACGCACCUUUAGAGUCCCUUUUGCCUCCAAGCUGCGGGCCUGACAAGUUAGUCCGCUGAAUCCAAUUACGACAAGCGGCAUUUCAUUUCCUUACGCGACGGAAGAGUCUCCUGCUUGGAGCUUCACCUAAAAUUUCAAUCAUUUCUCUCUAUCUUGGGGUGGAGGCGCGCUGGGGAAUCCUCAGAGAUCGCCCCUGGGGUCUCAGCAAAUCCCUGACAUCCCUUGGGGAAGAGCUCAGGCUGAAGUUUCUGUUUCUGGAAGCCGCUUCUGCUCAGGAGGCGCCCAAGGCUGCGGCAGAAGACAGGUAACUUGGGCGACAGUUCGCGCAUCAAAACAAACCCCAAACCAGCAUGUUAAACAUUUGCUUUUGCUUACUCUUUUUUUGUUGUUAAAGAGUUUCCAAUCAGCAUCUUUCUGCGUUGUCUUAUUGCUGUUGUAGAAGGAUUCAGAAGUCGAUAAUUAAUUAGACACAAAAUGAAAACUUACCACGUUAAUCAACAGCUGGUAACAAUGUCUGCCUUUUUUGUAUGUGCAAAUAAUGAUCCUUCAGCUCAGGCGCUUCUCUGAUGCUGACCACACACCCCCUUCAACUUAAGCUUUCUUCUUACACUGUACACACACACACUCUCUCACACAGAGACGCACUGCUUAUUUCUAAUGAACUGCGUUUUUAAAGCUGUUAGGGCGAAAAAAAUAAAUAAAACCACUUAAAGUUGACGUCCGCCCACGUGGAUGUAUUAUAUAAGACGUUUGCUGGGCACAGGCCUUGGAAGACCAAAGACCUGGUUAGAGCGUCGUGUGUGACCAGCCAGCUCCACUUCCCCACAAACUCCACUUUGUCGGCAUAAAUUAGAGGUGGCUCGGGGAAAGGAAGGGGCUGCUUGCUUCCCAGUUGGGCUUGGAGAGGGAUAAGAGAAGAAAAGUUGGAAGCUCGAUUCCUUGCCAGCUCUUGGAGGGGGCUUCCGCUGGUUGUUCAUUAAGUGGUGAGUUAUUGCUAUACAAGCCAAAGGUCAUUUCAAAGGCUUAUGCUUGUUAGAUAUUUCUCUUUAUAAUGACCCAGGCUUCAUCGAGGAGGGAUCCCCCCCCGCCCACUUUCCCUACCUACUACCGUAGCUCUGUUAAUGUUCUUCAAAGUUCUUAGUUGGCAGAUUUCCGAUGCGAAAUGGUAACGGUAGCCUCAAAUUAAUGGCGCGAGCUGGUUUUCUGGGGUGGGUGGGUAAAUUACUCCUUAGCAUCAGCAAAAUAAUAAUAAUAAUAAUAAUAAUAAUAAUAAUAAUAAUAAUAAUAAUAAUAAUAAAUAAAUAAUCAUCUGGCUGCGUCUUGCAUGGAGCAGCCCUCGUGUGAAAAGUGAAGGAGGACUGCUAAGAUUCUGGAAGGGGUGUGUGAUGGCCGGGCUUUUCUCCCUGUGACAUACCCAAGCUCACUACAUCCAUACAUAAUGCAUGAGCCUCGGGUUAUGGCGCGGGGGUCUCCCUGCUAGAUUUCCAUUCUUCGGAGUAGAAUGCAGUUGCCUUCAGUUCUAUUUUCCUCGUCUUAAUACGCCUGAUGCAUAUGGCUUUCUGGGGCGUGGGGGUGUACUGGCGCUGGAGUACACCAAGCCAGCUUUUUGUGGGUGCUUGUAAAGUUGCUGCUCACAACAACUGCAAUUUUUGGGGAGGUAUUUCUUCUCCAUUCUCAGCCGGACACAUAGAGAUGCUAAGGAGCUGUGUGCAUCUGUGCGUGUGAAAAAGAUUUUCAAAGUUUGAGUUCAGGGCUUCUGGAAUGCCUUAUUUCCCCAAAUGGUUAAAUACUGGGGGGGGGGGAGAAAGGCAUGUAUGUGUGCGUGGAUGCGCGUGACUCUGAUUCUGUGUAGAUUUGCACACAGAGUAUAUCCAAAGCUCAGAAAGUUGCCCCAGCACUUUUGGUAUAAUAUUUCAAUAAAAAGAAAGUUAGACAUUAUUUUUAACAAAGAAAAAGAAACCCGCUUAUAAGUCAAAGAGGACUGCAGUCCCUCUUGCGCACCUAUCUGGGAGCAUGUCCUAUUGCAUUAAACAUGUAAGAGUGAAUAGCUCUGCCUAAUAUAUACAUUAUUUAUGAUGCCCCUGGUUAAAAACGCGGGGGGGAGGCUGGAUCCAAUGAGUUUUCCCCUUUGUUCCAGGUACACCUCCACGUUUUCCCCAAAGGAAUCUGAAGACCCUAUCCAAAGUGUUACAGAUAAAACACAGUACAAGAAAAAACGUAACUGUGGUGAGUGUUUGUUUUUUUAAUAUGGUUUCGGCUACAUUUGUUACUUUUCCUUCUCCACGUGAGGUUUACCAGUAGAUGAUGAAUUUUAAAUGGAGCAGGAAGCGUGUAUUUGUGUGUGUGUGUGGGAUUCUGGCAGUUCAUCCCCCUAGGAGCACUAAUACACAUGAUAUAAUGUAACUGACAAUCGAUUUUCAAAAAAAGUUAAUAUUCAGUGGCCUCAAACAAAUACUUGGAGUAAAUAGAUAAAAGGUUAUUGCCACGGAGGUUAUUUUUUUGCCUAAACAGAAUUGAUAUCCUAUCAUGCCGCUUCAGUAGAUCAUUAUUAAAGAUGGUGGUGGGCUAGGAAAAGCCUUUGAUGAAGCUGUACCGGAAGGAUCCUGCUCGGUCCCACAAAACGCAGAUGCCAGCGACCGUCUAAGGACAUCAAACCAAACGCUGGAGGAAAAUGUAGUCAUAAUUCCGCACUAGCUAAGCAUUUUAAAUAUCUGCCGUUGAACCUGUUGGGCUUUAACGUGCUCCGUUUUUUAAUGGAUCAUGCCACGUUCCCCCAACUCGAGCUUUACAACACAGUUAUGCUCGAAGUAGAUUUACUCAAGAAGUAAGUAUACCUCAUCUUUAGGGUUAAGAUAGCUCUCUUCCCAACACGACGUAUCUUCCCCAAGGCUACAGAUGAAGUAUAUGUUUAUAUACUGUGUAUAUAUAUAUGCCCUUCGAGCCAAUGUUCCGAGAGAACAUGACUAUGUUGUAAACUGCGAGUUACUGGAAACAAACAGAUGAACAGAAGGAAGAGGAGAAGCAUCUACAUAUCAUCAUAACGCAUGAGCUCCUGUGUACAAGCCCAUAACACCGAAUAUACACAAUGCCUCUGUCAGCCUGGCGGUGAUAGCCAAAAUGAUCCAGUAGGACGGUGAUAGAAUAUGGCAGUUAUGGUCAAUUUACAUCCAUCACCUCUUUCUCUCUUCCCCCCCAUCCCUCGAAGAAUAGCUCAUUUCCUCAGGCUCUUUCCUGGCGGCCGCAGCAGAUCACUCGGUUCAACCCUGCAUUUCUUCCAAGUAAAGACCCGGAGAGUCCUUCCGUCCGUAGAAAAGGGCUCCUCCUGGACUCCGAACAUACUUUGAGGUUGCCACGGCACGGUGUGAAUAUCAGCCUUGCUUUAGAAGCGGGGAAAGCGCCAAAAGGACAACGGCUCGGCCCUUUUAUAUACUGAUCUGCCCUCUCGUAGGCUGCAAGAGAAGGGAAAUUUUCUGCAGACUGGGGCAUUCUUUCGCCGGGCUCCCCUUCCUACGCAGCCUAUCUUACACUCCGCCGUGCCCAGGUCUUUCCCCUCCCUCCCCCACCAGCCCCCUUCUUUUUCUUUUUUCUCCUUCUCCUACUUCUUCUCCCCCCCUUCGCUGCUUUCAUUCCUUACCGAAGCGUUUACUGCCCUAGCGCCAGCAAGUCAUAAAUUUUGCUACACAGCACCGUGACAGGUGCAUUGAUAUGCGCAGUGAGAACUCCGGCUGCUUAUUAACCACUCCUCCGGCCUCCCUCUCCCUCUCUCUCUCUUACUGCUUUUUAUUUAUUCGGGAUCAUAUUAGGUAUUGAUCCCCAGCAGAAUUAAGUGUAGUGGACGCAUUAGUAGAGGACUUGCUUCGUAUGAAUAUGCGGGUUGGGGAUCUGAUCGAACGCAAUUGUCAGCGCCCGGGAACUUGUCAGAAGCGGAGUUUGGGGCUCUUCUGUGGCACGUGGUGUUUAGUGCGUGGUGGUGGUGUGUGUGUAUGUAUGAGAGAAGGGGGUAGGUAGUUGCUGAGACUCUCAUUCUCCGCCCCCACGCCCCGUAGUCAGUUUGAUUUGGAGAGAUUAUUCCUCGCAGUGGAUUGAGAGUAGUAGUAAGGGAACAAUGGGAUCCAUUACUCUGCCUAAUAGCACAACGGUUCAGACAAGGUUAACCUCUCUAUAUGCUUGCAAAAGGAAAUUCGAAACACGGGCACGGAUAUUUUGUGGUUUCCUUAGGCUCGGGAGCGAAUUCUGCUCCCUGGUCUGCCUCCCACGCAGCUUGUAAACAGUUCGGGCCAAACGACUAAGUGCUUGGGUGUUACCUAGGAAAAGAACCCCAUUGCUUUUAGCGUAUGACAUCCUGGCAAAAGCAAAACGUGCCAUUAGGGUUGUUGUUGUUGUUUUAAAAGAGAAAGAGGGGAAGGAAAGAAAAUAAGGAAAGAGGGAGAAAAUGUGCGCGCGCGUGUGUGUAGAUCUAAAAAGAUGAGCCACCAAACAGUAGAGCAUUGUCCAUGUGAUUUAUGGCCCUUUGCCUCCUUGUUAGGUUCAAGCAGAGUUCACAAGCAGUUGGUAUUUCAGAAAAGAAAUAAAGCUUCUCAGUUUUGCAGCAAUAUUCUGAAGGCUUCGUGCCCUAUUUGGGAGAAACCUGGUUUUGGUGAAUGAAGCAGGAGGCAGCGAGAGGGUGCUGGGUUGGAAGAAACAAAAACAAUUCAGAGCAGACUACCAGUGAAUUUGCAAAUGGCUGAGGGUUGAUCUUUCUGAUUAUAGAUGAUCAUCCGUGAAUAAAUAAAUGAUUCAGCGUUAUUAGAUAGAUGGAAGGAAAUCAUGUAACUGUUAUUGGUCUUUCUUCAUCUUUGUUAAAAAUAAAAAAUAUCCGUAUCCUUCUUGUAUUUCAUGGCAUUUUGCAACAAACCGUGUAUGUGUGUGUGUGUGUGUGUGUGUGUGUGUGUUUAUAGGUAUAAAUUUAUUCCAGUGUUAGAGGAUAAUACUUCAUGCAUCUGAUGAAGGGGACCUCAAGACCAAGAAACCUUAUGCCACAAUAAAUGUGUCAGCCUGAAAAGUCCCAUGAGACUUUGAUGUUUUUGUUGUAACAGACUAACACUGCUAUCCCUUCUAGAAGUGCUCACUAUAUUUUACAUUUCUGAAGGAGGUGGAAUGGAUAUAUGGAAUAUGUCUUAAAUUGUAUUUUAUUUAAAGCUGCCUUUUAAAAAAAAUCCCCACUCUUAGGUUGAAAUUAAUACUGCCUUACCUAGGAACCAUUUAUCAAAGGUCUUUCCUCUGAUUAGACAUGUAUAGGAUUACACUGUAAGGAACCUAACUGGAAGAACCAAAAUGUGUCCAAACCAACCCAACUAUUGUCCUCCAGUUUAAAAUGCAGACACCUUGGAUAUUUUGUAGGUUAAACUGAGGUUAGUAGAUUAUGACAAAGAUGAGAAAACAUAGUAAUAUUUUAAUGAUAAAUAAGUUGUGUGAUAAAUUAAGCUGUAGCUAUGACAUCCAUAAGUGAUUAUUGGGGAGUCAGAAAACUUAUAAGGUGAAAAGAAAGAUAUCCUAUAAAUACAAACAAUGCAAAACUGUUUUGGGGAGGCUGCUAGUGACAGACAUCAGUUUGUCUGGUAUCAUUAUCAGAACACUACAUUUUGAGAUCAUAAGCUAAUUUAUUUGGAUGUAAACAUCCAGAUUCACCAGCACUCAGUCAGCUCCCACAGAUAUUUUAAUUUCAUAGGAUUAUUUGCGGACCAAAAAUGCAGGAGUUGAAAGCUGUAACCACACAAUUAAAUAAUUGGAAAUUGUGCCUUCAGGCUCAAAGGCUUAUGAAUUGCAUCCUUUAGCAAACUUGCUUGAAGGGUAGCCUUUCAGACAGCAUUUGGAGCCAGCAACUACUUGCUGGUUGUGAUCUUAAAAGAUGCAAUCCAGUGCAUACUUUAGUUAGGGGAAAGUCCCAUACAAACUCAGUAGAGAUUCUAAAUAAAACAGGGAUAGGAUUGGACUGUUCAUCACUUACUUGUGAGUAAAUUUAAUUUGAAUUAAUUAGGUCUUAUCUCUGAGGAAUAAAUUUAUUGGUGAAGUGCUAGGAACCCAAUGAUAAUUGAUUCCAAAUGACACUUCUCAUCUUUGGAAAUUAGGAGUUUCAGAAAAUAUUUCCUAGACAUCUCAGUUCUAAGCACUCUAAUCAGAUGUAAAUUCAAUGGAUUGGCCUAUUAAAAAUAUACUGUAUGCUUCACACAAGUCAUCCAAACUAUACACUGAUAAGCAAUUAUCUAUUUAUCUAUUGAAUUCUGCUCCAAAAAGCUUGAGUCUCCAUACAUUUCCCCUAUCCAUUUUAUCUCCAGAAUUUCCCUAUAAAGUAGUUUGAGAUAUAGUGGCUGGCCUUAGACUGGAGAAAGGAACCCAAGUUUUUCCAGUCUAAGCCCAUAACUCUAAGCACCACACACAUCUUUUUAUAUUUUGGCCCACAGAUAUGUCUAAGCACACUCAUCAAAAUAUAGAAAACAAGAAAAAAGCUGUCUUUCCCCAUAACUGAAGGACAAUCCCUUCUUCCAACACCUACAAAAUGCAGGUUUUUAUAUACAGGAAAUAGUGGAGAUCUAAUGCUACAUAAUACAGUAAUAAGGGAUAUCCCCAACCAGGAAUCUUUCCUGGAUCGUAAUAAACAAGAGACCCUUGCAGCCAAAAAAACCCUGCCCGGGAAAUUGCUUCUCUCAACUUUAGAUAGCUUUUGCGUCAAAACAAUCUGCAAGAAACCUUAGUUGAAAUAUCUCUAAAGACUAGGAGCUAAGGUAGCUGACCUAUGUAUUUCUUCUUUAUAUUGCAAAUGAAAGUUAUUGAAUGCCCUUAGUUACACUUUAACUUCGUGGAAAUCUUCCCAGGAAAAACAAAGCAAAACACCAAGAGACAGGAUUUACAAUAGAGAUGGAAUUUUCUCUGGUUUUUCAGGUUCCAGUUCUGGUUCAAUCCAUCAUGUCACUCCUGGCUCACAAAUAGUCGAGCGCAUGCGUGACUUGAAGAAAACAUAAAACCCCAAGGGUGGGGGAGUGAAGAGACAAAAAAGGAACAACAACAAAAUGUUGGUUAAUAUUUAUACCAAAAUGGCACAGGGAUCGAAUGUAGAGCACAUAAAAAAUGCCUCUGGGAAAAUAAAGAGAUACAUAAUAAUAUGGUAGAAGAAAAUAAUAUUUGUAGAAGAAAAUAAUAUUGCAGAAGUGUUUGGUUUUCGAGCACUGUAAAAAUAUAUAUGCAAAAGCAGUAAGAAUUUGAAGGCUAGAAAUGAAAUCACUUGAACAAACUUAUUUUUGUAACAGCUGAUCCAAGUAAUUUAGCACGCCAAGCUAAAUGCUAAUUCUUCCUCUCUUUUUUUGCAAAAGACCUGUUCCUUUAACAAACAAACACCCACACGCAUUACAUUGGGAAUAACAUCAUUUUAUUGUAAUACUAUAAUAAAGUUAUGAAAAGCCAUCCUUUAACACUCUAAUCAGGGAGAAACAUUUCACUCCUCCUCACCCUAGCUGGACAAAGGGAACAUUGUACAGAAGGAUCUAUGCCUUCCUAACUCGUCAGAGACCCUUUAUCCAUUACUAUAUUCGGCUUGGUUUGGGCAUCUCCUUUAGUUGUACAGUAGAGUCACCCACCCCCUACACUGUUAGUUGGAGACCAGUGCAAUUUAUUUCAGAGUUGUACACUUCCAGCUGCCUGUGCUCUCCAUCGAAUUGCAAGAGUUCAAAACCCAUGGCACUGUUGUAUUAAUGGCUCUGGACCGCUCCUUUUUGUACACCCGACUCUCAAAACUUAUACCUGGAAGAGAAGAAAACCAUUGAUUCCAAUGGAUCAGGCACCCCAGUUUACUCUGUAAAGAAGGGAGAAAUGAUUGGUUGUAUGGAAGCGAGGCUAAUGGUGAAAUGCACUAUAUUAGAGAGCGUGCAAAAACCGUCCAUGGGAAUUGGCAGGAGAGGCCACCCAGUUAUUUUCUUGCUACGGGAGAGGGAGGAGCAGUGGAUGAGGGAGAGGGGGAAUCAUAUGAUAGUCUGGGCUGGGCAGGAUUUCCGACAAGGGACCUAGCGGAAGAGAUGAUGCAAGGAUACUGUAUGAGGGUUGUUUACCACGUGGUGCAUGUGUGAAAGAAACCGGGGGGGGGGGGGACUGUGUGCAGGGAAGAAAUAAAGGCUACCGUUCUGUGCAGUUAUGUUACUUCACUGGCCUUAUGCACUUCCUGCCACAACAAAAUGCUUUUCUAGGGCGCUAUGCUAGAGCCGAAUCACCCUUCAGACCCUUGGAAACAGGGGUGCCAACUUGAAUAAAAUAUGGGGGGCCCCCUCAGGUAAACCCUGGCCCACAUAAUUGAUCACAUGAGAUGGCGCGCAUACACUGUUUAAAUGACAAGUCUAUCAACUUUGGGAGGAGGGUUGACUCCCUCAAAUAUUUUAUUGGGGGGCUGAAGGGGCCUUCUCGGCCCCUAGUAGUUGGUUCCUAUGGACCCUUACUGGCAAGGGAGAAUGGGAACGAAGAUCAUGUGUAUGCAUGUGUGCGACAAGGCAACUUUCCCCCGUGUUGGGGAGAUGUCUCGAAUCUCAGAACACAGCUGGACCACUAGUAUUUUUGUGAGCAUUAUAAAUAAGUUUGCACCAGUUCCGAGACAGCACCAUGUAACUGCCUUCACAGAGCCUUCUGGUUUUGUCCGUUUUGUGCACGCUUGAGAAGGGGCGAGGGGAUGCACGGAUUGCCUCUGAAUUCCAUCCAAGUGUACACGUGUGUGGUUCUCAUGGCGCGGUCAGGAGUUCCACAUGAUCAGAACGUGCCCGAGCUUGUGCGCAUGAUCAUGAAUGUAUGAAGAGACUCUGUAGUGGUUCCCGGUUUGUGGAAUGCUCUCCCCAGGGAGAUUCACCUGGUGCCUUCAUUAUAUAUUUUGAGGCGCCAGGCUAAAACGCUCCUCUUCAACAUAGCUGCCAAGUUUUCACUUUUCUCGCGAGGAAGCCUAUUCAGCAUAAGGGAAAAUCCCUGUAAAAAAGGGAUAACUUGGCAGCUAUGCUCUUCAACCAGGCCCUUGGCUGAUUAAUAUUCCACAGCCUUUUAAAUGUCUGUGGAAAGGCGGAGUUACUGUUUUGAUGUCUUGGUUUAAUUAUUUACUCGCUUUUUAUCUUGUACAGUAUUUUAUUCUGUGAACCGCCCUGAGAUCUUGCAGGAGGGCAGUGUAUUAAUUUGGUUAAUAAAUAAUUAAUAAGACUUGUGAGAGCCGUGCCAAAUGAGGCCAGGGAAGUGUUUCAUGAGGUAGCCUUGUGAACGUAUGACGGGCAUGUGUUUGUGUGAAGGUGAAAUUGGAAUGGAGUGUGUGUUUGUGUAAGAGGGCAGCUGUACCUGGGCCUUUGCCCCCCUAGGAAGUUGCCAACGUGUGAGGAAACCACUUCCCGCUUUCCCCUCGCUUCCCCUCAGGCGCGCGCCCUCCCCGCUCCCUCACUGACGGUUGUCUCGUUUCUCUCGCCCCCAUCCCGCUUCUCUCUCCUCCAGGUGGCUUCUGGGGCAGCGACUGGCCGAGACCCGUGGCGCGAGGGAGGCCAGGCCGCGUGAAGGGGUGGUCGGCAGCCCAUGUUAUUUGAGCGGGCUGCCGAGGCCUUGGCGACGGCGGAGCCCACCAUGCAGAAGGCCGCCUACUACGACAACGCGGGCCUCUUCGGGGCCUACGGCGGCUACAGCAAAGCGGACGCCUACGGCUACCCGCCGGGCCCUCCUCAGCCCUACGCCCAGCCUGCCCUGGACACCGAUUACCCAGGCUCGGCCUGCUCACUCCAGGGAGCCGCCGCCGCCGCCAUCCGGGCGCCUCCGGCCCACAAGAGCGCCGAGCUGAGCGGCAGCUGUAUGCGCCCCGCCGGAGGCGCCCAGGGAGGCCCCCAGCAGCCGCCGGGCCUAGCCGAGCAACAACAACAGCAGCAGCAGCAGCAACCGCCGCCUCAGCAACAGGCUCCGCCCCCCGCGCUGCCGUCGCCCUCGCCACCCAGCAGCAACCCCGCCCACUCGAUUCCCGCCAAAAAGGGCAAAGGCGGGGCCAACGCCUCGGGCGGCUCCGCGGCCACUAUUAGCAAGCAGAUCUUCCCCUGGAUGAAGGAGUCCCGCCAGAACUCCAAGCAGAAGAGCAGCUGCGCCCCCGCAGGAGAGAACUGCGAGGACAAAAGCCCCCCGGGCCCCGCUUCCAAGCGGGUCCGCACCGCCUAUACCAGCGCGCAGCUUGUGGAACUGGAGAAGGAGUUCCACUUCAACCGCUAUCUGUGCCGCCCUCGCCGGGUCGAGAUGGCCAACCUGCUGAACCUGACGGAGCGCCAGAUCAAAAUCUGGUUCCAGAACCGGAGGAUGAAGUACAAAAAAGACCAAAAAGCGAAAGGAAUUAUGCACUCCCCGGUAGGGCAGUCCCCAGACCGGAGCCCGCCUUUGAGCGGGCCCAACCAUGUAGGAUACUCCAGCCAGCUGCCCACCGUCAACAGCUUGAGCUACGACGCCCCGUCGCCGACGUCCUUUGCCAAAUCGCAGCAAAACAUGUACGGGCUGGCGGCUUACACGGCGCCUCUCAGCAGCUGCUUGCCCCAGCAGAAGAGAUACCCAGGCGCCGAGUACGACCAUCACGCCAUGCAAAGCAACGGCGGCUUCGCCAACCCCAAUUUGCAGGGCAGCCCCGUCUAUGUCGGAGGGAACUUCGUUGAUUCCAUGCCAGCCUCUGGCCCCAUGUUCAACAUCGGCCACCUCUCUCAUCCUUCAUCUGCCAGCGUGGACUACAGCUGCGCUGCUCAGAUCCCAGGCAACCAUCACCAUGGACCUUGUGACCCCCAUCCCACGUACACAGAUCUCACUUCUCACCACACAUCUCAGGGAAGGAUUCAGGAGGCGCCCAAACUGACGCAUCUGUAGUAGACUGGAACGCAUUCAGAAAGAAAGAAAGAGAGAGAGAGAAAGGAAGAGAGAAAGAGAAAACGAGAGAGAGAGAGAGUGAAAUGCAUUCGCGUUUAAAUUACCUCACUUUGCCCCUGACGUUGCAGUAUUACUUUGAGUAUUAUAGUGGGGUUUUUUUGUGUCCCCGGUAGAAGCUACCUAGUUCUUGUUUUCUUUGGCGACCGAGUCCAUGAAAAUUAUUUCUGCCCCAUCCCCCCCUUGUUGCCCUCUUAAAUGUUUUAGCCGUUUAAAAGCAUGGCAGUGCAAUAUCCUUAACAAAAAAUAAAAUAAAUCUAAACAUUCCCUCAAGGGAGUAAUAAUUGGUAACGAUGUACUGGAAGGUAAGUUGUAGAAAUCCAUUAGAACUAGGCGAAAGUGAGUCCUGAUGAGGCGUUUACAACAUUUGGGACCAAAACGGAGACCUAUUUCGAGAGUUAUAAUUUAUAAGAUAUUUUUUUUCUCCAGCAAUGUGAAAGAUUGCUUUGGACUUAAAUAAGAUGUAUUUAUUAUUUUAAGAGGAACUUUUUUUUGUAUCAUUGAUUAUUUAAUCCUGAUCUUCAGUGUAUUUAUGUGGAUAUUUGUAGAGUUUCUUCACACCCCCUUUCCCCCUUAACUUGGGAAGAUUGAUUCAGGUCUUUGGUGACUAUACAUUUUCACCUAUUUAGUAUAUUUGGUCUGAAAUAGAAAGAGUAGUUUUGAACAGUUGUAACAGUGGCUGGUGUUUGUAGUUUAUGUAAGGAUUAAGCAAAUUGUAAGUCAUAGAUUAAUACAGAAACUGAAACUUUACACAAAAGAGCCGAUACAUUUUUUAUUUUAAUAUAUAUCACAUGUUUAUUUAUUUCAGAUUGUUUGGUAUGGUUUUACUUAGCAUUAAAAGCUACCUUAUAUCUCAUAUAUUGUUAUAUUCUGCUAUAUAGUGGCCAAUCGACUGUUUGGUCUUUGACCAACUUCUGCAUACAUAAUUUGAUUCCUUCCUAUCUGUUGCACACACCAUUACGUCUGGUUGCUUGUUUAUAAUUUUAAAGUCUGAAAUAUGCAACACCUUCAGACUGACGUUUAGGAACAAUAUAAUACUGUUGAUGUAAUUAGGAUUUUCUUAGCAAUUCAGGCUAAUACUGUUGCUUCUGUUGUUAUUUUUGUUAUUGUUAUUAUUAUUAUUAUUUAUAUGAUAUGAUAUUUAUGCUAACCAUAAAUCAAUUUUGUACAAGUCACUGGAAACCCAAACUUACUUUUGCUGAACAGGGAGGGGAGGGAAAGAGAAGAAGAAGAAGAAGAAGAAGAAGAAGAAGAAGAAGAAGAAGAAGAAGAAGAAGAAGAAGAAGAAGAAGAAGAAACUUUGAAUGAAAUAUUGACAAUCAAGUAUCUACAAAGGAAAGACUGCGAUAGGGUUUAGGAGAUGAAGUCAUUCUGAAAUGCUCAGAAUGGCUUUCAAGAUAGGAAAUUAGGUCUAUCAAUAUUUAAUAUAGUCUUCUGUAGCAGACAUUGGUACAAUCCUUGUGUAAACUAAUGUUUCUGCCCCAAGCCUAGAAGGGACAGGAAACACAAACAUCCUCCCCCCCCCCGCCCCACUCUUCCUCUUUAUUUGUAUGUUGCAUUUAAUCUCUUACUGGGUUUUAUAAAGCUUUUCUCAACAUGAAAGGGGCAUUAGGUACACGUUAGAAGCGAUACAUGCCCAUUAAUUCAGAAGGAAGCAUCCCUUAUCGCUUUAAAAAGCACUCAGUUAAGAUUCAGAUCUUUUGAAGUCCCACAGAACAGUAGCAAAAUCUCACUUUUCAGUUUGACUAAUAAUGCAGCUCCAUCUCUCCACGUCCUAUGAUGGCAACUACUGCAAUUCUUUUUGUGUGUGAGAGGUUUUUACUCCUACAUUUGUGUCUGUCUAGACAACGAGGAUGGAUAUGGAUAUAUAUAUAUAUAUAUAUAUAUAUAUAUAUAUAUAUAUAUGGUAUAACAUAUAUGUGUGUGUAUAUAUAUAUAUAUUUCACCUCGUUAUCUUUUUUAAAAAUACCAUGUUGUUAACUGAGAGAAGAGGGGGAAAUGUAUCGUUUUGUUAAAUCUCACUUUUACCCAAGUGUUGUAGAUCUGUAAACAAAACAGAAUAAACAGCUUCAAAUGAAGAAAUAUUUUAACCACUUCCAGAUCUAAAGUGGCUUUCUAUGGCAGUUUCUGUUUCUUCCAGCAUUAAAAUAAUAAUAAUCACAAUACAAUAACUAAUAAUACGCACAACUGGUGAGCUGCUACAACAAAAAAAAAAAAUGAUUUUCUAAUAUGUCUUCCAGGGAAUUCUCAGCAACUGAAUUGAUAAAUAAAUAGUGCAUGUAGAUUUUAGUUUUAUAUUCUUUAUGUGAGGGCAUAUUUCACAUACUACUAUAAAUCAAAACAAUGCAGAAAGAGUCCAACCCUGUGGGCCCUUUAUGGUCUAGUGUGUCACUCAGGAGGCAUCCGCUGAGUCUGCGGGACUGGGAGGCCUAACAUGUUAUCCACAGCUUAAUGUUUUAUGGGCUCAACUUCAAAUGGUGCCUUGGCCGACUUGCAUUAUUAUUCCCUCUUAAAGUCAAGUAAAGGGGACACGAUAAUUUAUAAGCAUUGCUGGGAGGGAUUAUAAACUAAAACACACACACCCAGUCUGCACAUACGUAGAAAAAUUGGGAUAGCCUUACUCAAAAUAUUCAUAGCCCUCAAUUGACAUCUUCACAAUGGGCAUUUGAACAGACUGUGCUAUACAUAUAUACACUAUAGCCUUCAUAAGUGAGUCUCGAAAUCAUAAAUUUCAGGGGUUGUGUAGGAGUGUAUUGUUAGAAUUGGCAUAGGCCUCCAUUUAAAGCGUAACCCAAUUACUGGACAGCGACGUCUCCCUUUGGCUCUAUUUCUGGCUUCCCCCCCUUGACUCAGGAGGCCAGCCCCGGAGGAACACGCCGAGGCUAAGCAAAUUACUUGGCCAGAAAGCCCCAUUGAUUAAUCUGGCGCUUACUUCCAAGUAAACAGUUGUGGGAUCCAUGCCCAAGAGCGAGAGGGAGGGAGGAAGGGAGGAAGGAGAGGGGGGACUCUUCAUAGAAGUCAAUGGCAACUCUCCCACGGAUUUUAAAGGCUCUGCUUUAAGCUCAAAGACGUUUCUGGCACUACGUGCCUUUGGCUUUCGCGCGCAUUUCGGAUCGUCAUAAAUGAUAUUCAAUCCGUUUCCACACCUAACAUAAAUCUUGCUCCGUUUAGCUUCCUGAAUUGCUGGGGUGUUAUCUGAAUCAAAUACAGUAUGCUGUAAGCAGGUCCAAGAAUAUUUUUCUCUCCCCCUCCCCGCACCCCUUUUACAAAGAGUCAACAGUCCUUCUCCCCAGGAUGGCUUUUCCAGAACAACAGGAGGAAGGUUGCGGGGGCUUGCCUUUAAAUGUAACUCAUCUUCAUUUUAGCUGCGCCAUAUCACUGGCCAACGCCAAGAAUGAGCUUUUGGAGGACGCCAACAUUACCCCCUCCCAUUUUUUUCAAUGGUUAAGGUGAAAAGAAAGAAAAAUAGGGACUAGGGCUAACAAACUCCCUUCUCUGUUGCCCUUGAUUUUAUUGCAUGGCGCGCCUUCGCUUUUAAUUUAGACUUACCCACUGCAUCCCAAAGUGGUAAACUCGAUUGUGGCUUAUUGUGGUAUUGCAUGUGGGCAGAAAGAGGCUAUGGCAACAAGGAAAGAUCCGUGUGAGUGUGAAUGUGUGCGCGAGAGAGCGUGAGAAUCAGAGGCACAGCCCCCAUCCCACCCCCAGUUCUCUCUUUAGGGGUGCAAUCUUCAGAGAGCUUUCUGGAAAGUAAGAUUGGGUGAAGUCAGCUGGGUUGACUUCUAAGUGAACUUGAUUAGCAUCGGCCCCAUAAGUCCCGAAGUAGAGCCGUUUGUUUUCCUCUUCAUUCCCUUCAGAACGGCAUCCACCCCCACCCCCCUUGACUAGGCAUUCAUACUCAGAAAUAAGUACCAUUUCGUGGUACUUACUCCCGAGUAAGAAGUGGGUAUGGGACUGAACCUAAGGUUUUGACACCCAAGGAGCAGCCAACGCGGAUCCGUAGUAGCCUCAUGCCCGUCGAUUCCGAGGCGAUUCCGAGGGCUCCGGCUGUCCUAAACAGGGGAGGAUGGCAGAGCGAUAAGCAAACAUUUAGCUCCCCAUUUUUAUUCGCAGGUAUCAGCCCCUCCGAAUGGGAGGGGAGAGGCCUUCAGUACGUUCACUGAUCUUCCUCCUGUGCUUUGAUGAGCUGAUACUCCCACACUUAGGUAAAGAACGAGGCGCUGCAUCUUCCCCGGGUCUCCUUCCUCAUUGGCUUGGAGUAAACCCUGUAGCUAAGCAACGUCCGUCGGAUAGGACACCACUCGACGGGGUCAGUGGGGGAUACGCUUUGCUGAAGCUAUUUGCAAGGCGACGUGGAUGAUACAGCAGCCUACCCGCUGCAUAGUGGCCGCCUGCCUGCCUGCCUUCUCUCGUUGGCUCCUUCCCCCUCCCCUCCCUCUCCACUGUAACAGAGCUGUGUGCAAACAAAGGGGCCUGGUAGCCAUUUUUGCACAGGAAUAAUAAUGCAGAGGUCGCCAAAGGAACAAAGCAGAGGCGCCUCUUUGGUUUAGAAGGCCCGCUUGCAAGGCACAAAAGCGCGCACGGUUUAUUUGCGGCGUAGCAUGUAGACGUUAGACUGGGAGGCCUCCCUUUGUGGUAUGGAGGAUCUUUAAAAUAUAAAAAUAAAAGAAAGGAGCCGCCGGUAAAAAUAACUUAAAACACACAUAAGGCAGCUCUCCCUUCUCUUUGCCCUCCAGAAGAUAUUGCGCACUACAGGGUUGAAGUAGCCAAGACGCGACCAGAAGAGAGUCUUAGGCUCCAAUCCUAUAUACUUGCUUACUCCUGAGUCUAAGUGUGCAUUGUCCUCCACUUCACAGUGUUCUAGCAGUAAGCCGCAUUGAACUCAGUGAGUAUACAUGCAUAGAUUGUGUAUUUCGUGCCUUUGUGUACUUACUUGAGAGUAAGGGUUGCUGAAUCCAGUAGGUCUUAAUUCUGAGGGUACAUGUCUAGGUUUGGGCUCUACAAAGCAUUUCAGAUACUUGCCAAAGCUGAUUAGUACUCCUUUCUGAUUCAUGGAAGGUUGCACUCAGGCGAACGCUUCCUUAGGAUCAAGUCCUAUUGAACUCGACUAGGCUUCCUUCCUUCCUUCAUUGUCACAUACACAGGAUCCGCCGAUCCGGCUUGAGUAGCACCUAACUAGCUAGCAUGGAAUCCAGGAGGAGGAGGAGUGUUGGAGAUCCUGCCUUUCGAAUGCUUCUUCUUUCCAAUGUCUUUUGGAUCGGGUGGGUGUGAAUGAGGAUGUGAAAAUCCCUUAAAAGAGGGAUUCUAUUACUGGGUACAAUCCAGUCAAAUUUAAGCUCUCUUCCACCUUUGGUUUCGGGUAAAUCGAGGCUGUCCUAUCCUAUACUGUACAUGUUUAGUCAGAAGCAAGCCCCCUAUUUUCAUUGGGGCUUACUCCCAAGUAAAUGUGCGUGUUAAGUCCCAUUGAACAUAGCAGGAUGAACAGGUACAGGGGUCGGGCUGCGCAGGAAGGAAGAUAGCUGGAUAUUUCUUCGAUUUCUAGCAUAAUAAAUAAAUUGCAGCGCAAUCCUAUGCAUGUUUACUCAAUGAGUAAGUGGCAGCGUGUUCAGUUAGCAAAGGUGAAUGAUCGAGACGCAGAUCAAGCCAUCCGUUUAUGAACGAAGGUGUAUAUAAGCCUUUCUGAAAUUUCACAUCAAUUGCAAUGGUAACCGAAUGUGCGGCAUUAUUUGCUCCAUUUGUAAAAUAGCUCUGCUUAAAUAGACCCUGCAGCGUCUCCUCAGCCUUUCCAGAAUUUAUUCAGCUAGUCACGUGGCCGACCUCUUGGAAAGAAAGGCGGCUUGAGAAAUGAGCCUUUUAAAACCCUCUCCGAUCCACCGCGGAGAUAAACUGAAGUAUCGCCGUGUCAUUUGAGAUGACUGACAUCGCGAUCCAAAAACUGGAAGUCAGUUUUACUAAAAUCUAGGGGAUAUACUUCAAAGCAAAGUUGGCCUAGACCGGAAUAUCACUCACUGGACUCAGGACUAAUUCGAAGUGGCCCAAAUGCAGCCAACUUUGGAAAAAUAUUAGUGGCAUAUAAUGGGGCUUUGACAGGAAUCUUCAUACUUUGCAUCACCGAACCAAAUUCAUUAUUUGCAGCUAAAAGCGAUUCACAAGGGUUUACACCAGUAAUAGUAUUUCUAAAUGCUGUCUUGAUUAACAUGGGGGAUAAUAAUUAGUUGCAUGCAAAUGACCACUGGUCCAUCUGCAGAUUAAAUGUGGACUCUUUUCUGGACUUUUUUUCCACGUGCAAGUGCUGUGAGGGUAGUUCUCAGCUUUCUAAUAAAUCUCUUGAUGCUGCCCCGGCAAUAAAAAUAAACAGGCAAGGAAACAAAUCAUAACGUUUUUAUUGCUUCAAAAUACAAGUGACAUAUAUCACCCCCAAUUCAUGUUUAAGACAACGUCCCGAGUAAUGAAUGCCCCUCCGUGGUCCUUUAAUCAGUAGAAACAUCUAUAUUCAUUAAAUUCCCUUCUCAAAAUAGCACUUAUUUUGAGGCAUUAGGACACAGACACAUGUGCACUAUAUGGGGUUAUAGUUUUUAUUUUUAUUUUUUUAUAAACCGCAAUUAUGUAGAAGGAUGUUUCACUAGAAUCGGUGGAACUCAAGUAACAUCCUGCCUUAAACACAAAAGUAGAGGUCAGAAAUAGGGUCGGAUCGGAGAGUGCUCAGUUUGCUUGGGACAGGGAAACAGAGAAUCAUAGAGUUGGGUGGAACCCGGAGGGUCAUCUAGUUCAACCCCCUGAAAUAGGAGGAAUCCUGCCCACAGCCAUCCCUGGGUGGGUUCGAACCACCAACCUUCUGGUUAGCAGCCAGACGCACUAACCCAGGCAUCCCCAAACUGCGGCCCUCCAGAUGUUUUGGCCUACAACUCCCAUUAUUCCUAGCUAGCAGGACCAGUGGUCAGGGAAGAUGGGAAUUGUAGUCCAAAACAUCUGGAGGGCCGAAGUUUGGGGAUGCCUGCACUAACCCAUUGCGCCGCAGGAUACAAGCGCAGGGUGGUUUUUAGUUCCAUUCAGUAUUGUAGUAUUCUGGCUGUUACAACCUGAUCUUACGCACAGUUACUCAGAAGCAGUCCCGCCGGAGUCCAAUUGUGGGGGUGUUCCUGGGGUUGAUGUCGACAAGCUGUCAAAUGUAAAAGGUUGUUAUCGCGUACAAUGCUGGCAAGCCACAUUGUACGUCGGUAUAGGCACACACGUAUCUGUAAGUUGGGUCAUUGGGACAGAGCAGGGCAGCAGGUCACCACAGGACAGAGGUGGGGAAAACAGGAUGGAACUGGUUUGGGCAAGUUGUGUCAGGGGAAGCAGGUCCAAGCCAGAAAGGUUGAACCCAGGUCGGGAGGAGAACAAUGGAAUGGAGAGGAGGUUUUGGAAAACUACCAGUGGUCACAAGAUUGAGAGGAGGGGGAUGUGUAAAGAGUGCACAUGUGACAGGGAGGUGUCUGAGGGAUACAUGAGAACCAGGUACUUCCCUUAUAGAGGAAAAUUUGGGUGUUGGCAGGAUGUGACAUGUAUGGAAGUACCACCUUUUCUGGGAUGUCCUGGCUGUCAUUGGAGGAAGACUGCACUGUUGGUUAAUCAUUUACUUUGUAACGAAAUCUCAAUAAAAGGGGGCUCCUGCUUCUGUUCUGGGUCUACCCCCCGGAAAUUACUGCCUUGUGUUGCGUUUUGUUUGCCACCACAACAUCCAAUAUCAUAUGACUUAUUGCCAAGUAAGCGUACAGUACUUAGCAUCGAAACCUUGGUGGUUUGGCACCCAAUCGUCACAUACCUCUCGUGGGAGAGUUCUACCAAAAGCAAUGGGGCUGAGCAAUUCAAUUGAUUUCAACAAUCAACCCAUAAAAGCAGCAGCCUUUUGCUUGACAAUAAUUCCAAAAUCUUUGUGCCUGUUAGGACCAACCAAAACGUCACAACAUGGUGAGCUAUAUAGAAAGCUGCUCACUUGAACUCAGGAGGGCAUACUAUUCCGUAGAGACGCGCGAGGUUUUUAUCCAAUGUUAGGCCCAUGGGGGAAAAAUGCACAUGGCUAACCUGAGUAAAUUUAUUUCAGUGGGUCUGUUCUGUGUCGAAGUUACUUGACUCCCACUCAGGCGUAGGAUAUGGGUGCCAAAGUGCUUCCCCCUGGAUGGAUCCCAUCCAGAAG